AUGUGCUCAAAGUCCACCUCCUCUACCGCCCCCUCACCCUAUUGGCUGGCUUCGCUUUUGGGUUGUGAGGCCCAAAUCUCCUCUUUCUUCUCCUGCAGUGCUUCUCCUGUUUGUUUGGUCUUUUUUUCUCCUCCAUUUUUUGCACACAAUGGCAUCAGAGCACGACCGAGCUGUCUUGCAGGCUAUUUUCAAUCCUAACACCCCGUAUGGCGACGUCCCUGGGCUGGACCUGGAGCAGGAAUUAACGGAUGAUGAAAGCUCCUUUGAUGCAGACUUGCUGAGGCAAGUAAAAAACUUGGAGAGUCGUGGAGUCUCUGCGGCCGAGGCGGGGGACUUGCGGGAGGCCCUUGAGCUUUUCGACCAGGCCGUACAAAUUCUGCCCCGGCGUGCGUCAGCUUACAACAACCGGGCUCAGACACUGCGACUCCAAGGAAACACGACAGGUGCUCUGGAGGACUUGGACCGUGCCAUCUCCCUGAGCGAGGGCAGGGGUCGGACAGCCUGCCAAGCGUUAGUCCAACGGGGCCUCCUGCGUAGGCUAGCGAGCCAAGACGACAAGGCCCGGGAGGACUUCCAGAAGGCGGCAGCACUUGGCAACGAAUUCGCCCGACAACAGGUGGUGCAGCUGAACCCGUACGCAGCACUUUGCAACAAGAUGCUCUGCGAGGUCAUCGGAAAGCUGCGUAACCCAGACAUCGGCGAGACCAGACUGUAGUUGCAAUCAAUUGAGGUUUUAUUUUUUUUCAUCCUAGAUGAACAGUGGGGAAAAUAUGUAUUUAGUCAACCACUAAUUGUGCAAGUUCUCCCACUUAAAAUAUUAGAGAGGCCUCUAAUUGUCAACAUGGGCAAACCUCAACCAUGAGAGACAGAGCGUGGAAAAAACAAACAGAAAAUCACAUUUUUUGAUUUUUAAAGAAUUUAUUUGCAAAUCAUGGUGGAAAAUAAGUAUUUGGUCAAUACCAAAAGUUCAUCUCAAUACUUUGUUAUGUACCCUUUGUUGGCAAUAACGGAGGCCAAACGUUUUCUAAAACUAUUCACAAGCUUUUCAUACACUGUUGCUGGUAUUUUGGCCCAUUCCUCCAUGCAGAUCUCCUCUAGAGCAGUGAUGUUUUGGGGCUGUUGUUGGGCAACACGGACUUUCAACUCCCUCAACAUAUUAUCUAUGGGGUUGAGAUCUGGAGACUGGCUAGGCUCCACUCCAGGACCUUGAAAUGCUUCUUACAUGCCACUCCUUUGUUGCCCUGGCUGUGUGUUUGGGAUCAUUGUCAUGCUGAAAGACCCAGCCACAUCUCAUCAAUGCCCUUGCUGAUGGAAGGAGAUUUUUAUUCAAAAUCUCUCCAUACAUGGCCCCAUUCAUUCUUUCCUUUAAACAGAUCAGUCGUCCUGGUCCCUUUGCAGAAAAACAGCCCCAAAGCAUGAUGUUUCCACCCCCAUGCUUCACAGUGGGUAUGGUGUUCUUCGGAUGCAAUUCAGUAUUCUUUCUCCUCCAAACACGAGAACCUGUGUUUUUCUACCAAAAAGUUCUAUUUGGGUUUCAUCUGACCAUAACACAUUCUCCCAGUCCUCUUCUGGAUCAUCCAAAUGCUCUCUAGCAAACCGCAGACGGGCCUGGACCUGUACAUUCUUCAGCAGGGGGACACGUCUGGCAGUGUAAGAUUUGAGUCCCUGGCGGCGCAUUGUGUUACUGAUGGUAGCCUUUGUUACUGUGAUCCCAGCUAGGAUUUUGCUCACCGUUCUUGUUAUCAUUUUGACGCCACGGGUUGAGAUCUUGCAUGGAGCCCCAGAUAGAGGGAGAUUAUCAGUGGUCUUGUAUGUCUUCCAUUUUCUAAUAUUGCUCCAACAGUUGAUUUCUUUACACCAAGUAUUUUACCUAUUGCAGAUUCAGUCUUCCCAGCCUGGUGCAGGUCUACAAUUUUGUCUCUGGUGUCCUUCGACAGCUCUUUGGUCUUGGCCAUAGUGGAGUUUGGAGUGUGACGGACUGAGGUUGUUGUAGACAGGUGUCUUUUAUACCGAUAAUGAGUUAAAACAGGUGCCAAUAAUACAGGUAACGACUGGAGCCUCGUUAGACCUCGUUAGAAGAAGUUAGACCUCUUUGAAUGCCAGAAAUAUUGCUUGUUUGUAGGUGACCAAAUACUUAUUUUCCACUCUAAUUUGGAAAUAAAUUCUUUAAAAAUCAAAAAAUGUGAUUUUCUGUUUUUUUUUUUUCCACAUUCUGUCUCUCAUGGUUGAGGUUUACCCAUGUUGACAAUUACAGGCCUCGCUAAUCUUUUCAAGUAGGAGAAUUUGCACAAUUGGUGGUUGACUAAAUACUUAUUUGCCCCACUGUAUGAUGGAAAAUGUACAUUGUUAAAAAAACAAAAAACAGGUUUUCUGUUGUUGUUGUUUGGUUGAACACUUGUACGUUUACUGGACUGAAGGAUUUUAACAGCUACAAUUUUCACUGUGAUGAAGGCCAAGUGAUUAACAUUUGGCAUACAACUAAGGCCUACAGAAUAUCAUGUCUACAUAUGUAAAAAGCAUGUUUCAAGUAUAGUUAAAUCUUUAUUUAAUUAGUAUGAUUAAUCAUGAUUGUAUUUUAAAAAUAUUUUUUGCAAAUAAAUACAAUUAAUAAAAUGUUAAUAAAAACAAAGUUAAUAUAAUUAAAUUGCAUAAAAUCAGAAAUACACUCCAGUGAGGGGCCCCAAUACAGGUAGUUCCCGGUUUACAAACGAGUUCCGUUCCUACGUUGGCAACAUAACCCAGAUUUCCGCGUAAAUCAGAAUUAACCUUUUAAGUACCCCUAAAUCUCAAAAUAACUAUCCAAAAAUAUAUAAUAUCGAUCAUUGUGCUGUCCUUGCCAAUAUGUUGGAGCCAAUUUCUAGCUAGACAGUGACCCGAGCUCCGAAAUGACGAUGUCAGACAUCUAUGCGGUUUGCUGACUUCAUUCAGCUGCUCAUGAGAUCAAAAAUUGCAGAAUGAAACUAAAAUAAAAAUGAAAUUUAAUCAGUUUCAUUUUGAAGGAAUCUGACUUUUAUCCAGAUUGCAGGAAUCACACCAGCCAACCGAAUUUAUUUGAAUUCGGCAGCAAUCAUACAGCACAGAGAGUACCAGACGAAGAGGCAAACUGGAUCCAAGGUCACCAUAUCACAAGUCCACAAAAGAUUCCCAAACGAAAUGACAACGAUUUGUUAAACAUUCAGUCUCUUAAAGGCUCUGGUGAGGUGGGCUGUGGUCCGGAAGAAGGGUGUGUUUGAGUGUUAUUUAGCAUUAUUGUCUGUUGUGGAUUGGAAAGGAGAAUUUGAGCGUUACUCUUGUGAGGGUAACGAGAGUGUGUGAGAAAUGUGUGCGCAGGCUUGCAGCUGUAUUCUUUCCCCUCUCUCUUUCACUCGGCCGCAUGACUUCUACGUGGGAGCAAAAGCGCUUUUCCUCGUGUGUGUGCGUGCGCUCUUCUUUGUGUGUGCUAAAACAUUUUUUUUUCGUGUGUAUAUGCGCUCUUAC